GUCCAGCAUUGAUAUUAUUGAUACACAUUACACCGUAAAAUACGUUCAUUCGCCAAUUCAAAUUUAUCGUAAAGUAAUUCAUAAAACGAUCGUUGAAUCGAAGCAAAAGCUGCCGCGACUGUUUGAUCUAUUUUGAGAAACCGUUGCUUCCUUAUCACGAAUUCCGAAAAUCCGUGUACAUGUUUUAAAACAGCGAGACAUAGAUUUAACAAUUUUUGAAAGGAUAUAAUCACAAUCAUCAAAUUCUUUCCAAUCUAUUGUAUUGGUUAAUUGUUUAUUUUCGCCUUGUUCUAAGCCGAAACCCACUCUAAUUACCCUAAUUCAUUUUUUAAGGGAUACCUGCACGCGGCUUUCCGGCACUUCGUCAUCAGCUUCAGAAAUGUUCAGAAUUGGAUCGAUGCCCCCGUGUUGCCGUAACGAUUACGGAAAAUCCGGGAGUCGGACACGGAUUUGUGCGACAAAACACAAGUAAAAGAACGCGUGUAACGACUUACUCACUCAUGGAUCGUGAGUCGAUCCUCCACUCUGUACCUGAUUGCGAGUUAGUCGGGUCCGAGACUCGAACAAGUCGCAGACCCGUUUCGCGAGCUCUGGAAGAAGCUUCGGUUCCGCGAGGCGCAGCCUUAUUUGAACAAGUUAUUCGUCAACUGUCAAUCGCCUUGCGAAAGAGUCAAGAGACGAUAGAAUUAGCGAAGAAAGUGGAACGCAAUGUCGCGCCGACAAAAUUUCAUCGGUAACUGGACGCUUCUGACGUUGGCAAUGACUUUGGCCCUGAGCGGGAGAAUCGCCGACGGCCAGGUAGACGAUGCUAGGAUUGUCUACCCCGACGGCUACAGGGAUUCAACCGGGCUGGGAUCCACCAUCGGUGGAAACACUACUCUUGAGAUGGAGCUCAGACUGGCCAGAGAAUUCAACGAGAUUCAAACUUUAGAGGACUUUCUCAAUAAAAUUCAAGGUGUACCGGAAGGAGAGAAUCUUGGCGUCCCAUCGCUGUCAAACCGGUUCAACGUCGGGGACGAACGAGCGAACGUCGAGAUACCGAAGCAGGCGACUUGCACCCCGAAGGAGCAGCCCGUACUCCUGAAGAGGUCCACCAUAAACACCAAGUACUUUCCCUCCUGCACGUGGGUACCGAGGUGCUCCGGGUGCUGCGGACAUCCCGAGUUCUCUUGCCAACCGACCGAAACCGUCGCGAGGAACUUUCAGGUAAUUGCCGUCGAGUACGACAUACAGAAGCACAUGAGGUACAAGAGCAAGGAGACCGUCAUCAUCGAGGAGCACACGAAGUGCAGGUGUGGUUGCACCCGGAAGGCCAAGGACUGCAACGAGAAGCAAUCUUACAUUGCUGCCGAGUGUCGCUGCGAGUGUACGAACACUGACGAGGAGUCGAAGUGCCUGAAGGAGAGCGCGAUCAGGCGCUGGAACCCUGAAACGUGCACUUGCGCCUGCCUCGGAAUCUACGAAUGCACAAACGGAAUGUACUACGAUCACAAUACAUGCAGUGGCUUUGGCUAUCGCGUUAUGUGGUGAAGGAAAGUGCGGCAGUAAAGAAUCGCUAACACAUCUUGGGAAAAGGUUCUUUCUUCUAAACGUUAUGCACCUUCUUCAUCUACUUCUUGUCCCGAUUGGUAAUAAAAACUCCUUCUGACUCCACCUCCUUCUGAAGUAAGUAUAAUCUCUUCCUCUCAUUAUUACCAUCACCGUUAGCGUUGUUGUUAUUAUUAUUAUGAGGAGAGUAAUAACUUCGGCGAAGCUUUUAGCGGCGAUGUUGCGUCGCUGCGUUGUUUUGGUAAUUGAUUUUCUUCCCUUGUAAGUUGUUCCCAUUAACACGGUCUGCGGAUGACCUGCGUUGUAGACGCUCCUCUGCAAGUUCGUAAUACCGAGAUUACCGCUCUACCUGCUCGCCUGCAUCUGAGCACCGUAGUUAAUGCUGAAUGCACAUUCAUUGUCCAAAGAACGAGUAAAACAAACUCGAUUCCGAAGAGAUUGCGCGACGACGGCCGGUGCGCGAUUUACAACAUGGAUGGAGGCACCCUGGUAUUCUGAGUGUUUUGCAAAGUAGAAGGACUCGAGUUUGAACGUUCUCGCGGAUUCCCCUCGGGUGCAACGUGCCCUUGAUGACGGCGAAAUCGUGACUCGUCACAAUUGGCUGAGGAUUAGAGGAGAAAAACCCGACGUUUUUACUCUUCGCGAAGAAGGGCAGUAAAAACGAAAGGGAAUAACAUUGGCAAUUAGUUGUUGGGGUUUGGGAAUGGUAUUAUACGGAGUUGUGGCUAACAAUAAGGUGUGAGUCCAUCGGUCCGACGAGUGUCCUCAUUUCCAAUCGAUGAAAAUUCUUCUUCACUAAGCAGAAAGAAGAAUUGCAAUCCAUUCACGAAGAACAUCAUUACGUUUUUAC